ACGCGCUCGGCUCCACGCUGCUGUGACUGGAGCAGAGCGUGGACUACACUAAUUGACCUGACCUCUUUUGGUUUUAACCUUUAAAGAAAACAUCGUCACCAGCCAAUGAGCGUCUUCUACAUCAGGACAGCAUGGUUUUUGGCCUAGACAGAGAUAUCUAAAAUCGCAUAUAUUUAACAUUACUCCGCAUCCGGGUGAACAUCAUCUUGAGCAGCGUGGUUUUCACGUGGGCAUUUCGGCGAAAAGGAGAAAACAUACGCAUUACGCACCUCUGGGUAGCCACUUCGGUUCAAAAACUUUUAAGCGAUAGAUAUUCGCUGAGAUUCGUUUUUGCUUUUAGAAGAACUAGUAACACUCAGCCAUGUCGGAGAAAAGUGCAUCUCUAGUAUUGGAGGACGGGACAGCAUUUAAAGGCCGUCUGUUCGGUGCCGUAUCCUCAGUGUCUGGUGAAGUUGUUUUCCAGACAGGAAUGGUGGGUUACCCAGAGGCUCUCACAGAUCCCUCUUACAAGUCUCAAAUACUUACUCUGACGUACCCGUUGAUUGGCAAUUAUGGUGUUCCUGAAGAUGAGGAUGGAGAGUUUGGACUGAGCAAGUGGUUUGAAUCUUCCAGAAUCCAUGCCGCUGCUCUCAUUGUUGGGGAGGUGUCAAAGAAUCCCAGUCACUGGAGCUCCGCCAAGUCUCUGGAUAAGUGGCUGCAAGAGCAAGGCAUCCCUGGACUCGAAGGGGUUGACACUCGAAGCUUGACCAAAAAGAUCAGAGAAAAGGGAACCAUGUUGGGGAAACUUGUGGUGGAAGGAACUUCAGACCACAACAUUCCGUUUGACAAUCCGGACACCCGCAACCUUGUUAAAGAAGUUUCCAUGAAAGAACCAAAAGUUUUUAAUCCAGAGGGAACAGUGAGAAUCACUGCCAUAGACUGUGGCAUAAAAUACAACCAGAUCCGUUGCUUGUGCCAGAGAGGUGCCCGGGUCACCGUUGUCCCCUGGGAUCAUCAUCUGGACUGCAAUGACUUUGAUGGGUUGUUCAUCAGCAAUGGCCCUGGCAAUCCAGAGUACUGUAAGGAGACUGUAGAGAACAUACGGAAGGUGGUAUGUGUGGAGAGUCCCAAACCUGUCUUUGGGAUUUGUCUGGGCCAUCAGCUGCUGUCUUUGGUCAUUGGUGCAAAAACGUAUAAAAUGAAGUAUGGUAAUCGUGGCCAUAACCAGCCCUGCAUCCAUAAAGGAACAAAUCGCUGUUUCAUCACGUCUCAGAAUCAUGGGUUUGCUGUGGAUCCCCAAACUCUCCCAGAAGACUGGGAUGUGCUCUUCACCAACGCCAAUGACCAAACCAGUGAGGGAAUUGUUCAUAACCACAAACCACUCUUCAGUGUCCAGUUCCAUCCUGAACACAUGGCGGGUCCCACAGACCUUAUUAGUCUCUUUGAUGUGUUUCUGGAUGCAGUCAAAGAUGCAAAAGAUGGCAAAGCUGGAAAAUCAGUUAAGCAAAGGCUAACAGAGCACCUCACUUACCCUGGAUCUCCUGACCCGGAAGCGUUUGUUCGGCCUCGUAAAGUUCUGGUUCUUGGUUCAGGAGGGCUUUCCAUUGGACAGGCUGGAGAGUUUGACUAUUCUGGGUCUCAAGCUAUAAAAGCUCUAAAAGAGGAAAACAUCCAAACCAUUCUUAUAAACCCAAACAUUGCCACAGUACAAACCUCAAAGGGCCUGGCAGACAAAGUCUACUUCCUCCCGAUCACACCAGAAUAUGUCACGCAGGUGAUAAAAAACGAGCGUCCAGAUGGAGUGUUGCUCACAUUCGGAGGUCAGACGGCUUUGAACUGUGGUGUGGAGCUCACCAAGCAAGGAGUGCUGGAACAAUACAAAGUGCGUGUGCUUGGAACCCAAGUAGCCUCCAUAGAGAUGACUGAAGACAGGAAGAUCUUUGUGGAGAAGAUGGAGGAAAUCAAUGAGCAUGUUGCCCCCAGUGAAGCGGCCAUGUCUGUUGAACAGGCAGUGGCUGCUGCUGAAAGACUCUCCUAUCCUGUCCUGGUCCGUUCUGCGUUUGCCCUGGGUGGACUGGGUUCAGGCUUUGCCAAUAAUAGAGAUGAAAUGAUCACGUUAGUUACCCAGGCCUUUGCUCACACAUCACAAGUCCUGGUUGACAAAUCGCUUAAAGGCUGGAAGGAAAUUGAGUAUGAAGUGGUGCGGGACGCCUAUGACAAUUGUGUUACGGUAUGCAACAUGGAGAAUGUCGAUCCUCUAGGAAUUCACACCGGGGAGUCAAUAGUGGUGGCUCCUAGUCAGACACUGAACGACUAUGAAUAUAAUAUGCUGAGAAACACGGCCAUCAAAGUUGUUCGCCACUUGGGCAUUGUGGGAGAGUGCAACAUUCAGUAUGCCCUAAAUCCUGAAUCCGAGCAGUACUACAUCAUUGAAGUCAACGCUCGUCUCUCACGAAGCUCUGCAUUGGCCAGUAAGGCCACCGGUUACCCUCUGGCCUACGUGGCCGCUAAACUCGGCUUGGGAAUCCCUCUGCCUGUGCUCAAGAAUUCGGUGACUAAUUCCACUACAGCAAACUUUGAGCCUAGUCUGGAUUACUGUGUAGUGAAGGUUCCUCGUUGGGAUUUGAGCAAGUUCUCUAGAGUCAGCACUACAAUUGGCAGUUCCAUGAAGAGCGUUGGAGAAGUGAUGGCCAGCGGCCGCAGCUUUGAAGAGGCCUUCCAGAAAGCUUUGAGAAUGGUGGAUGAGAACUGCGUUGGGUUCGAUCACACAAUCAAACCAGUGUCUGAAGAGGAGUUGCAGACACCCACAGACAAGCGCAUCUUUGUUCUGGCAGCUGCGCUGCGUGCCGGCUACACAGUUGAACGGCUUUAUGAGUUGACCAAGAUAGACCACUGGUUUCUGCAUAAAAUGAAGAACAUUGCAGACCACGAGAAGCUUCUGGAGAUGUAUAAUCAGGAUGAGAGCGCAAUGCCACCUGAGGUCAUGAGGAAAGCCAAGCAGCUGGGCUUCUCGGACAAACAGAUUGCCCAAGCUGUGCAAAGCACUGAGCUGGCUGUGAGGAAGAUGAGGCAAGACUGGAAGAUUCUUCCGGUGGUCAAACAGAUUGACACAGUGGCUGCCGAGUGGCCCGCCCACACCAACUAUCUGUACCUGACCUAUAACGGCUCAGAAAGCGACGUGGUCUUCGAGCAGCCCCAUGUCAUGGUGAUCGGCUCUGGGGUUUACCGCAUCGGAAGCAGCGUGGAGUUUGAUUGGUGUGCCGUUGGGUGUAUUAUGGAGCUGAGGAAGAUGGGAUACAAAACAAUUAUGGUGAACUACAACCCAGAAACUGUCAGCACAGAUUAUGAUAUGUGCGACAGACUGUAUUUUGAUGAGAUCUCCUUUGAGGUGGUGAUGGACAUAUAUGAGAUGGAGAACCCAGAGGGAGUUAUUCUAUCCAUGGGUGGACAGCUGCCCAACAACAUCGCCAUGUCCCUCCAUAGACAGCAGUGCAGGAUCCUGGGCACCUCACCGGAGUUUAUUGACUCUGCAGAGAACCGCUUCAAAUUCUCCAGGAUGCUGGACACAAUAGGAAUCAGCCAGCCCCGAUGGAAAGAGCUCUCUGAUAUUGAGUCUGCUGUAGGUUUCUGCAAGACAGUGGGUUACCCCUGUUUGGUGAGGCCGUCAUAUGUUCUCAGCGGCGCUGCUAUGAACGUUGCGUACUCUGAUAGUGAACUGGAAAUGUUCCUGACCAAUGCUGUUGCCGUGUCAAAGGAACACCCUGUCGUUAUCUCCAAAUUCAUCCAGGAAGCCAAGGAAAUAGAUGUGGAUGCCGUGGCCUGUGAUGGAGUGGUUAUUGCCAUAGCUGUGUCUGAGCAUGUGGAGAACGCAGGGGUGCAUUCUGGAGAUGCCACACUGGUGACUCCCCCUCAGGACAUCAACCAGAAAACCAUGGAGCGCAUUAAGAUGAUCGUUCACGCUAUCGGCCUGGAGCUUCAGGUCACCGGCCCCUUCAACCUGCAGCUCAUUGCCAAGGAUGAUCAGCUGAAGGUGAUAGAAUGCAAUGUGCGAGUUUCACGCUCCUUUCCUUUUGUAUCCAAAACACUUGGUGUCGAUCUUGUUGCCCUAGCAACAAGAGUCAUUUUGGGAGAGGAAGUUGAGGCUGUUGGGCUCAUGAAAGGGACUGGCAUUGUGGGAGUUAAGGUUCCUCAGUUCUCCUUCUCACGGCUGGCUGGAGCAGAUGUGGUUUUAGGUGUUGAAAUGACCAGCACUGGAGAAGUGGCCUGCUUUGGGGAGAACCGAUAUGAGGCCUAUCUAAAAGCCAUGCUCAGCACCGGCUUCAAAAUCCCUAAAAAGAAUAUUCUCCUCUCUAUUGGUAGUUACAAGAAUAAAAGUGAGCUUCUGCCCACAGUCCAGACUUUGGAGAGUUUGGGUUAUAACUUGUAUGCCAGUGUAGGCACCGCUGACUAUUACACCGAACAUGGAAUUAAGGUGAUGGCAGUGGACUGGCCAUUUGAAGAGAGUGACUGCAAUAAUAAGGACAAACAGAGGAACAUCAUGGACUAUUUAGAGGAGAACCAUUUUGACUUGGUCAUUAAUCUGUCUAUGAGGAACUCUGGUGGAAGACGCUUGUCGUCCUUUGUGACCAAAGGUUACCGCACUCGUCGAAUGGCCAUCGACUACUCUGUACCACUCAUCACUGACAUCAAAUGCACCAAGCUGUUUGUUCAGGCACUGGGGCAAAUUGGUCGGGCUCCUCAUGUAAAGACUCAUGUAGACAGCAUGACUUCACAGAAACUCAUCCGUUUACCUGGUUUGAUCGAUGUCCAUGUGCAUCUGCGGGAGCCUGGUGCCACCCAUAAAGAGGACUUCUCUUCUGGCACAGCUGCCGCCCUGGCUGGAGGAGUCACCAUGGUGUGCGCCAUGCCCAACACUAACCCUGCGAUCAUUGACCCCAGCACCUUGACUGUUGCACAGAAGCUUGCCAAGGCUGGUUGCCGCUGUGAUUAUGCUCUUUUCGUGGGGGCGGCUUCUGACAACGCUACUCUACUUCCGUCCAUUGCAAGCUCUACUGCUGGUCUGAAGAUGUACUUGAAUGACACAUACUCCACUUUAAAAAUGGACAAUGUUUCUCUGUGGAUGGAGCACUUUGAAAAGUGGCCAAAGCACUUGCCCAUUGUGGCACAUGCUGAGAAGCAGACAGUGGCGGCAAUCUUGAUGGUAGCGCAGCUGUAUCAGAGACCUGUUCAUAUUUGCCAUGUUGCCAAGAAAGAAGAGAUUCUGAUCAUUCGAGCUGCUAAACAAAAGGGUCUCCUGGUGACGUGUGAAGUGGCACCUCACCAUCUCUUCCUGUGUGAAGAUAAUGUGCCAGCCAUUGGGAACGGAAGAGCACAGGUGCGGCCCAUGUUGGGUACACGUGAAGACAUGGAGGCGUUGUGGGAAAAUAUAGACAUCAUUGACUGUUUCGCAACAGACCACGCCCCUCAUUCAGUAGAGGAGAAGAACUCUGAGAAACCACCUCCAGGUUACCCGGGUCUGGAGACCAUGCUUCCUCUGCUGCUCACGGCUGUCAGUGAGGGUCGCCUUACCAUUGAUGACAUCAUCAAGAGGCUCUACGAAAACCCCAGGAGAAUAUUCUCUCUUCCUGCUCAAGAAGACACUUACGUAGAGGUGGACUUGGAGCAAGAGUGGACUAUUCCGAAGCACAUGCAAUUCACCAAGUCAAAGUGGACACCAUUUGAGGGCAUGAAAGUGAAGGGAAAGGUCAUGAGGGUGGUGCUCAGAGGAGAAUUGGCCUAUAUUGAUGGACAGGUGUUUGUACCUCCAGGUUAUGGUCAGGAUGUGAAGUCAUGGUCAACAGCCCCGCCUGGAACAACCGAUGUGACAAAGGAUGCUCCCAAGCGUGUGAUUGAGGCAAUAACUCCUGAGCGCCCCCGUCAGGCAGCACCUGUUGAUGUGGUCCGUAGCCGUGCCCCGAGCCCACGCCGCUUAGCUGGGGAUGGACGCUUCAUUCUCCCUCCUCGGAUCCACCACGCAUCUGAUCCUGGUCUGCCACCAGGUUUUAAAAGAUCUACCAUACAUCGCCAAAGGGCAUUGGAAUUGGCUCCUUCAGCAGAGCCAUACGCACACCCUCCUCCCCUGGCCAGGAUCCUGUCACCUCAAGCUGGGCAGCAGCAGAUCCUGCCCCACCCCCAGACCUCCCCGCUGCUGCACCCGUUGGUGGGCCAGCACAUCCUGUCCGUGCGCCAGUUCAGCAAGGAACAGAUGUCCCACUUGUUCAAUGUGGCACAUACUCUGCGUCUCAUGGUGCAGAAAGAGCGACCCUUGGAUAUUUUGAAGGGUAAAGUGAUGGCCUCCAUGUUCUACGAGGUGAGCACUCGCACCAGUAGUUCGUUCGCAGCAGCCAUGCAGCGUCUGGGAGGUUCAGUGGUGCAUUUCAGCGAGUCCACAUCCUCCACACAGAAGGGCGAGUCUCUGGCCGACUCCGUUCACUCCAUGAGCUGCUAUGCUGAUGUCAUUGUUCUGCGCCACCCCAUACCUGGAGCUGUAGAAAGUGCAUCAAGGCAUUGUCGGCGGCCAGUGAUCAACGCUGGUGAUGGAGUCGGAGAACAUCCCACUCAAGCCCUUCUGGAUAUCUUUACGAUCCGAGAGGAGCUGGGAACAGUCAAUGGCAUGACUAUUACCAUGGUUGGUGAUCUGAAACAUGGCCGCACUGUGCAUUCUCUGGCUAGACUUCUCACUCAAUACAGGAUCAAUUUGCGCUACGUGGCCCCCAAAAACCUCACCAUGCCCGCCGAGAUCAUUGACUUUGUGGCCUCUAAAGGCAUUAAACAGGAGGAGUUUAACAGCAUUGAAGAGGCUCUGCCAGAGACUGACGUCCUGUACAUGACGAGAAUACAGAAAGAGCGAUUCGCCUCUGAAGAAGAGUACAAAGUGUGUUUCGGGCAGUUCAUUCUAACCCCACAUAUCAUGACGGGAGCCAAAAGGAAGAUGGUGGUCAUGCAUCCUCUUCCCAGAGUCAAUGAGAUCAGUGCGGAGGUGGACACGGAUCCUCGAGCUGCUUAUUUUCGGCAGGUGGAGAACGGGAUGUAUAUUCGGAUGGCACUUCUGGCUACUGUGCUGGGUCGAUGAAAGGACCAUCAUGGUUUAGGCUUGGACAUUUGGAUGAAGGGAAACAUUUUGUUGGCAACGUACGGAUUCUAUGGCUAUUGUUUAUUCUGUGUACCCCCUGUACCCUCCAUUAGGUAUAAUUUUUUAGGAGAAGUACCCAGAUGUGUUGUUCCUUUCAGUAUUGACACUAAAAUUGAAUUUUCUUAUACUGACUAUUUGAAAUAAAUUAGUGCAACCACAGUGGAGUGUGUGUGGUUAAGCUAGUUCCAUCCUGAAUAUCUGAGAUCAUUGCAUUAAUGUAGCACUCUAGAACAGCAGGCUGAUCAGUUUCAUUUCAGUAUUAGAAAAAUCUUGCAAACAUAGAAACAAUUUAACUACUACAUCUUACUGUCAACAUUGUUCAUUCUGUACUUUUUGUUGUGCAUUUACAACAGUACAGACAUCAUGCUCAUUUUAACAUUCCAUUUGAUGAACAGACAUUUGUUAUUCAAUCCACUUGGUGCAAAUAGUUAAAUAUACAGUAUUGUAGGAAGAUUAUUUUUCAUUAAGGUGCAAAACUUUUGUAAUUUGUAUUUUUAGAAAAUAAAAAAAAGAUUGCAAUAUCGGA